UGUUCUGCUUUUUAGUGCGAAGUGAAUACAUUUUUUGAAGGAUGCGGAAGUGGCAGUUUUUUUGGGGGGAUAUAAACAAGACGUACAACAUGAUGAUAGCCUUCCUCAAUCUCAGCUCUUGUUUCAGCGGUGUGUUUUUCCCUUCAGGUGAGGAUGUUGCUGUGGCUGGUUUUGUUCCUGCCUGCGCACUCCUCGGCUCAGCGAUCAGAGCCCAUGUUCUCAGCUAUAACCAAGACCGUCCUUGCUCCUGACUACGACAACAACCCCACCCAGCUCAACUACGGAGUGGCCGUCACUGAUGUGGAUGGGGAUGGAGACCUGGAGAUAUUUGUAGCUGGCUACAACGGCCCAAAUCUGGUGCUGAAGUACGACAAGCAGAGGAAGAGGCUUGUCAACAUCGCUGUUGACAACCGCAGCUCCCCUUUCUAUGCCCUGAGAGACCGACAAGGCAACGCCAUCGGAGUGACAGCGUGUGACAUCGACGGAGACGGUCGGGAGGAGAUUUAUGUGCUCAACACCAAUAACGCCUUCUCUGGUCGGGCAACAUAUUCUGACAAGCUGUUUAAGUUCCGUAAUGGACGCUUUGAAGACCUACUGAACGAUGACAUUAACGAACACAGAGACGUGGCCAACCGUAUGGCUGGGCGCUCAGUGGCCUGUGUGGACAGAAAGGGUACAGGGCGUUAUGCUAUCUACAUAGCUAACUAUGCCAGCGGCAACGUCGGUCCUCAUGCUCUCAUAGAAAUGGACGAGGGAGCGAGUGACCUUUCGCAGGGCGUCAUUGCCCUCUCCAGUGUGGCGGAGGAGGCUGGAGUCAACAAGUUCACUGGAGGGCGAGGUGUAGUGGUGGGUCCCAUCGUCAGUCAAACGCUGUCCGAUGUGUUUUGUGACAACGAGUACGGACCCAACUUCCUGUUCAAGAACAAUGGAGAUGGAACUUUCACGGAUGUGGCGCAGCAGGCUGGUGUGGAGGACCCCAUGCAGCAUGGCAGAGGGGUUGCUCUGGCAGACUUCAACCGCGACGGCAAGACAGACAUCGUCUACGGGAACUGGAAUGGACCUCACCGCCUUUACAUGCAGCUGAAUAACCGCAAACAGAAGUUCAAGGACAUAGCAUCCCAGAAGUUCGCCAUGCCGUCCCCGGUUCGCACCGUUAUCGUUGCAGACUUUGACAACGACAACGAGCUGGAGGUCUUCUUCAAUAACAUCGCCUACAGGGGCCCCUCCGCCAACAGGCUGUUCAGGGUGAGCAGGAGAGAGCAUGGAGACCCCCAGAUAGAAGAGCUGAAUGUUGGGGAGGCAUCGGAGCCUGAAGGACGAGGAACCGGAGCUGUAGCCACAGACUUUGAUGGUGAUGGGCGUCUGGAACUGCUGGUGUCUCACGGUGAAAGUGCAGCACAGCCGCUUUCUGUCUAUAAAGUCAACCAGGGCACCACUAACUCAUGGCUGCGGGUGAUUCCACGGACCAGGUUUGGUGCAUUCGCCAGAGGAGCUAAAGUUGUGGUGUACACAAAAAAGACCGGCCCACACACACGGAUCAUCGAUGGUGGCUCGGGAUACCUGUGUGAGAUGGAGCCUGUCGCCCACUUUGGCCUUGGUAAGGAUGUAGCAACCAAUGUCGAGGUGUACUGGCCAGAUGGUCGGUCAGUGGCCCGACCCCUGGAACCUUCGGAGAUCAACACAGUGCUGGAGAUCGACUAUCCAAGGGACGAGGAGGAAGUCACUCCUACUGUGGAGAUAGAGUGUGGUGAUGGCUUUGCGUUGAAUGAGAAUGGCCGCUGCACUGACAAAGAUGAGUGUACCCAGUUCCCCUCUGUGUGCCCCUCUGACCGCCCCGUCUGCACCAACACCUAUGGCAACUAUAAGUGCCGCGCCAAGAGGAGAUGCAACCAGGGCUUUGAGCCCAACGAUGAUGGGUCAGCCUGUGUGGCCCAGGUGGCUUACUUUGGAGGUACACGGUCUUCUGGGGAACGCAAGUGGUCGGGCCUUUCUUUCUGGUUGCUUUCUGUCUCUGUGCUACCACUCCUCUCUACCCAUCUUCAGACUGGACUACUGUAGCCGUCACUGUCUUCUCCCCAUCAUAACUCUCUCCACUGCUGAAUGGGGAUGUACAGAAACUCACGGAGAAAACUGUUCACUGAAACAUCUACUCCUCCUUCUCCUCUAUGGAUCUCGACUAUCUUUUUCCAUCAGUUAUUUACAGUUUGGCCCCUCCUCACCAUGGCUAUGUGUCACCUCUUGGCUCCCGGCCCCCUCUGGACUAUAAAGAAACACACAGGGAGCAUGCUCGCUGGGAGCUACAGGGUUAAGAACUAACUGUGUCACACCCGCAGAGCCCUCACGUCAUCACCUGGCACUUAUCUUAGUGGGACCUGAACUGAGGCCAAGUCAAUAAGUGGAGCCGCAGUGUAUAAACCUCUGCACAUACAGAAGACAGAUCUACUGGCUCCACAGACUACAUUCAUUAGAGACACGCUGAGGCCCCAUCUGUAUCUCCACACCGCCGCUAUGUUAAUCCUAACAAUGUCACUCUCGUUCUUAUUAUGGGCUUACUGGGAUGCUGAGGUACACCAGGAAUCCACGCUGUAGGUUUUGUCUGUGUGUGUGUGUGUGUGUGGGCGAGUGUACUACAAAGAGGCAGUCGGGCAGAGAAACAUAUGCCACACCAUCUGUCUCGGAUGAUGGGUUACAUUUUGUUACCUAUGAAUAAUAUAACAGCACAGUUAAGAAGAUAAACACACGAGUAUGAGCACAAGAAGAGUUUUAAGUACAGUAACUGGAAGGUGUACUUGAACUUAUCAUCAUUUAUUUAGCAAUUUCCAAGUCAUUUGCCAAAUAAUGUAGAGCCACUCUAAGUUGUAAAUAUUAAAUGAGCAUCAGCUCAAAUUAUUUACUGUAUUUACCAACGGUCAUAACUCAAUAUUUAUUGCUUUUUCUUCCUAAUGAAAUUUAAUAAAUGUCAGGGAGCAAGGAUGUGAAGAUAAGUUUGUGGUGAAGUUUCUUGCUCAUGCUGAAGAUGUCAAUAUAGUGCAAUAAAAAUCUACCACAAUUUUCUUAUAAUUUAACAUCUGCAAAUGUAAAGUUUUCGGCAUUGGUAGCUGGAAAGUGCACAUGAACCUAUCAGAAUUUAUUUAACAAUUUAAAUUACUAAAUCACUCGCCACAUAGUAGAAAACCACAAAGGAUAAGGCUGGUGAUGUGCUAUAUAUUUGUUAUUGUCAACAAAUUGCAUGAAAUUCUCGUAAUACCAAGAGACUAACUUUCCUACCCUGUUUGUGUCAUGUAUAGUUUCAUCUUUUAAAUACAUUUCGUAAUAAAUAAUUUCCUAAAACAGUUGGCCGCUGUAGCUUUCAGCACAUGUUAAUCAAACAGGAGUAAAUAGUGUUUUUGUUGGAGACUAUUUUCAGCUGCAGACUUUGUGUGCUACAGUAUUUACGGCAGCAGGAUGGUUAAUGUGGGAUUUACUCGAAAUAAAAUACAUGGCACUAAGUUCAACUGUGUAGCUCCUUGAUGUAUGCAAAUACUAUUUGAACAACAGUGGAUGUCAGUAGCACAGAGGAACAAGCUCGGUCAGGCUUUGGAUGGAAGCAAUAUUUUAUUUGUCUGAUCAAUCAAAGGAGCUAUUUGUAAGUUUUGCUAUUGGUACAUCGCAAACGUUAGCAUUAACAGCUGUUGUGAAGCAGUCUUGAAGAAACGUUGUGAGUUCAAUAACAAACUUUGUUAAUAUACUCACCAAGAGCAGUGGAAAGAAACGCCAACGUUAACUCUUGACGUUUACCCUUCAUGUUUACUCACUCUAUCACGUCUUUACUUCUACGGAAGUUAGCAUGCUAACUAGCUAGCCCCGGCCCAUCCUGUAGCCCCAAAUCUGCCGUGAACAUAUCGCUGCUCAGAGGACGUAUUAUAAAAUCUUGUCAUGUAAAUGCAAAAUGCACAAAUAGUCGUUUAAUUGUUUGAUUUGUUGACAAUAAGAAAAAAUUGCUUGCUCGUGUACUGUAUUGCAAUCUAGUUUCACAUAACGUUCAUGGUGAAGCCUUCGAUUUAGAGCAGUACAACACAAAAGCACACCACCCUUCUUUUUUUUUUCCGCUUUGUUUUUGGUGAAAAUUUAACUAUACAGAAGUAAUUUUUGUCCGGCUCCCACAUGUUUCUUGAAAUUUUAUAGGAGUUCAAUAAACGUUUUGGCUGAUAAUAUGUUGACAGCUGAUGCUGACUGACGGAUUGUUGCUUCCACAUUAUUCUGCAGGGCAGCAUCAAUUCUCCUCUCAGCAAUCCCAGUGCUGAGGCUGUGCAACACAACUUGUAUCUUAUCCAGUGUUAGACCACAAUCACUGUCCUAGCAGGGGAUAGAUCCAUCAUCAAGUGUUGGCCAGUACAGUCCUCCAGGGUAGAGGAUGUGUGAGUGAGUGUGUGUGAGUGUGUGUGUGUGUGUGUGUGUGUGUUAUGCUUCAUUGGCUUCUCCCUAUUCACACGCUGAGGCAAGUGUUAUAUAUUUUGGACAUUUUUAGCCAAAAGACCUCACACAUUCCAUUUAAGAAACAGCACCAAACGCUGCCGCUUGACAUCAGCCUGCUAAUGAGUUGGACCCAAACCACAGAUGCCACCUGUAAAUAUCAAACAUUUCAGCUGAGAUUUAAAGACUGAACUUAUUUCUCUUUCAGACAUUUUUAAUGAAAACUAAGAAGCAUCAGAGCAUGAAAAACCAAUAAACAAAUGAUGAUGGAUGUGUUAAAGCAAUUAAAAUUACUCACCAUGGAUCUCCGUUGGA